UGGUGUAGACGUCAAUUUUGAAUUUCGGUUCGGAACAUUUAGGUUUUCGACGGUACUCGUUAAGGGCGGAGCGACAAUGUUUCCGCAGAGUUCGCAGAACAGGUAUUGGAUGUUUAGCGAUGAAAAUGACUUGACGGCGUUGAGAGAGAAAACAAACGCAGAGUUUAUUGAAAGGCAUGGUGCGAAUAUGACGUCAGAGGAAAGGGAGGAACAUUUUCUGUCCCACACAGAGGAACGUACAUUACUUCGUUUCUAUGAAUUACAAUUGAGGGAUUUCUGUCGUCGUUUUACUCCUUCUAUGCCACGUGCCACAGUAGCAACAGCAUUACAUUAUUUCAAAAGAUUUUAUCUGAGAAAUAGUGUUAUGGAUUAUCACCCCAAAGAAAUCUUAGUCACAUGUGUCUACUUGGCUUGUAAAGUAGAGGAAUUCAAUGUUUCCAUAUAUCAGUUUGUUGCAAACAUUAAAGGAGAUAGAGAAAAGGCAUCUGACAUUAUAUUGAAUAAUGAAUUGCUCCUUAUGCAGCAACUGAAUUAUAACUUAACAGUGCAUAAUCCAUUUAGGCCUGUUGAGGGAUUGAUAAUAGAUAUCAAGACCAGGUAUGUCUCUUUGGAAAAUCCAGAAAGGUUAAGGCCAUAUAUAGAUGAAUUUUUAGAAAGGGUAUUCUUGACUGAUAGUGUUUUGUUGUAUGCACCAAGUCAAGUUGCAUUAGCUGCAACAUUACAUGCUGCAUCCAGAGCCUCUGCUAAUCUGGAUAAUUAUGUGACCGAUAUCUUGUUCUCUAAGGAACAUUUAGGGUGUAUAAUAGAGGCAGUAAGAAAAAUAAGAUCAAUGGCUAAGUGUGUAGAACCUCCCUCGAGGGAUGUGGUAAGAGCAUUGGAAAAAAAAUUGGAGAAAUGUAGGAAUCAGGAAAACAAUCCUGACAGUGACAUUUAUAAACAAAGAAUGCAAGAAAUGCUGGACGAAGAAGAUUUACAGGAAAAUGAAAAAUAUGCCAAAAUUAUACAAGACCAGGCAGCUCAUGAUGAAAAGAUUUUAGGAGUCAGUAAAGUUCUGUCUCCCUCAGUUCUGUAA